CGUCCGUUCGAAAGAAGGCCACCAGGGGGCAGCAUAGGAUGCGAUCGCGCGACUGCCCGUGAACAAUCAUCUAAUUCUGCUCAUGUCAGUUUUUAUUCUCGUAACCUUGUUUUGAGAGAUAUGCUAUUUAUUUAAAUUGAUCGUUAUGUCUCGUAUUCGGAGGAUUUUCACGCGUCAGAAACGAAAAGUAUUGGUGUAUGGAUUAGUCUUUUUGGUCGUUGGAAUCAAAUUCGUCGGACACUGGCUGCAUCCUAACCUCACAUUACUGACAGAAACUCACAAAUGUCCUGCGUGUUAUGGCUUGUCCGCGUGUGAUGCAGUGAACAAUAGGAUUAAAGUGAAACAUAUAAGCGUACUCGCAUUAUUUUCCAAUUUAUUCGGCAUUAAAAAUGUAUAUUACGGGGAAGACGAAGGGCGAGAAGUCGUCCUGAAGAAGCUGGCUCAUACGUGGGAGUUGGAAGCUUUCGACGAGAUGCUCUGUAGCCAGCCGAACUUGAGAUAUCUUUGUACACAGUCUAGCCAGUCCAAUGAAAAUAGUGUAAUCAACGUAGAAGAUAAUUUAUAUGCAAAUAUUAUAAAUGAAGUAACUUAUUUUGCUGUAAACACCGAUAGCGGUAAAUUUGGGUUACUAGUUUGUCCGCAUUCUGACAAUACAGAAAGGCUUUUCCAUAGCGUGUUCGAGAAUGGUUUGAAUGAAGAAAAUUCAACGUUUCACGUACACCUGUGGACAUUAAUUAAAAUUAACCCAGAACCAAUUAUCCUUCAGAUUCUACGAGCAGAAGAUGGUUGGCCGGUGCCUAAAUACUUAGGAGCAUGUGGCAGAUUAAUCGUUGAAGAAUAUAUUGGUUUACCCUUAAUCUCUUUUUAUAACGAAGACUGGAUUCGUAGAGCUUCGAUAGCUUCUAGCUUACUGAAUGCUGUCCAUAUGCUUACAUUUAGAAGUACCGAAUUUAGCUUCUACUUGACCGAUAUAUCUCCUGAGAAUAUUGCUGUUAAUUGCAGAGACGAAGCAAAGUUUGUCGAUUUGGAAGACAUGAUCAUUGUCGAUAAGAAAAUUUCAAUUAAGGAUCAACCCAAAGAUUGGAAAGUAGUAGAAGUAAACAAAGCAGACCCGGAUUGUGAUAACUGCUUUGUUUUUUCGCCAAAAGAAAUAUGCAGUCAUUACUUGAGUGACCACAAUUAUUAUGCGUUGUGCAAGCAUUUACUGGCUCCAGAAACGAGCACUAAUUUCUUCCCUGGAGGAUUUCUGCAUGACAUUCCAAAACAGAUUUUAAAAAAGUAUCCAAUCUUAGAAUACUUGUUAAGAAAGUGCGCUGUACCUGAUCAGUCAUAUGAUAGAAUAACCUUUGGUAAACAGCUUAAAGAAUUACUCGAUACUGUUAUAACCGAAGCAGGGACAACAUAUCGUAAGAGUGAAAAAUGUUAAACAAUAAAAGCGGAAAGUACAAAAAAAAAUGGAAUCGUAUUUAAUAAACAGGCAUUGAAAGGGGACAAGGGUACAAUAUACAAUGGGUUGAGACAAUCAUAAAAAUGCUUACAAAUUAUACUUAUUAUCUAAAUUACUAAAAUAUUUUGUAUGUACAGCUUAAUUCCGUCCCUAAGGUAAACAUUCCAAAUUAAUAUGUAUUUACAAGUGUAAUUUAAGUAUAUCUAAAGUCAAUGGUA